AACAAACGCAUCGCCCGUCAACGCGAAAGAGCGGCCGUGGAAUUAACGACAGUCCGCCAUUUUUUAUUAUCUACCGCGGCUCCUUGGUGGCUUUUCUGGCUGAUGAUAGGUGCAUCGCGAUUUUAACCGUGGAAAAAUCAAAUUUUGACCGUGUUUUCGAGGUGCGAAUCCGUAUUUAAACCCGGAUACAACGAAAGCAGUUGUAUCGGGAAGUGUUGAAGGUGAAAAACUGGUGAAACGAGUGGAACCGAGCGCCAGAAAUUGGUUUAAUGAUAGUGGCAUUUAGUUCGUACUGGUUGAUUGGAAGUCCCGAGUGAGGGAGUUCAUGAACGCAGGAUAAAAAUAUAAGGAAAGUGUUGAAUUGACCGAAAAAUAUCGAAAAUAUACAGCGAUGACGGACAGCAAAGGAUACGCCGUGAACGAUUUGGUUUGGGCCAAAAUGAAAGGAUUCUCACCCUGGCCUGGUCGCAUCUCCCAACCACCGCCAGAGCUUCGAAGGAUAGUCGUGAAGAAGAACAGCCCGGUGCGGUGUAUUUUCUUCUUCGGAUCCAACAACUACGCUUGGAUCGAAGAAUCUCAAAUCAAGCCAUAUCUGGAGUUUAAGGAAAAGUUGAUUUCCUCGUGUAAAUCGGCAGGCUUCAAGGACGCGAUCGCGAAAAUCGAAGAUUAUAUAGCAAAUCCGGAGGAAUACGCGCAUUUAUUUGUCGGAGAGCAAGAAAAUCGGAUCGAUCCCGACGUCGAGUUCAACAAACUGCGGGAUGCGGAAGAAGAGGAAGAGGCGGCAGCGGAUACAACCGUUAACAACACGUCCACAAUUUCCGAUGCCAUCAAAACCCCGGUCACUGGGAGGAAAGCGUCGGCCGCCAAGAAAAAGGGCCGAGCUUCGCUACCGGCCUCGGCGGCAAAGACCCCCCGAACGGUUGGCAGUAAAUCGAAAGCCAAUGUCAACAACGAGCAUGUCGUGGGCACCACACCGUCACCACCAAAGCGCAAACGGAAACUGUACGAAUCGACGACCGGUUCUGCGGUGCUGGAUCUGGAAACCUUCUCGCCCGUUCGUCGAAACGUUUCGCACCUGCUGAACCGCCCGGUUGCCGUUGCACGGCCAGUUACCCCCGAAAUCGACAUGACUACCGUGUCGAAUACGGUGCAAUCGCGCAACAUCCAGGCAUCGAGCUUGAAGUUCGGAUUCCUCGGACUGGGCAUUAUGGGCGCCGGCAUAGUCAAGAAUUUGCUAAACUCUGGCCAUUCGGUGGUGGUGUGGAACCGGACGGCGACUAAGUGCCGUAAGUUCCAGGAAGCGGGUGCCGAAGUUGCGGACACCCCGUGCGAUGUCGUCGAGAUGAGCGAUGUAACAUUCUCGUGCGUGGCGGAUCCACAGGUGGCAAAAGAUUUGGUUUUCGGCAAUUGUGGCGUCAUGUCUGCAAAUCUGGUCGGCAAAGGUUACGUUGAGAUGACCGGUGUGGAUCCGGAAACGUCUCAGGAUAUUGCGGAACAAAUUAUCGGCAAAGGUGGACGGUAUCUAGAGGCACAAAUCCAAGGAUCAAAGGACGAAGCUGAAGAAGGUACCCUCAUCAUCCUAGCAGCCGGCGAACGAUUGCUGUUUGAAGAAUGCGAAACCUGUUUCGAUGCCAUUUCGCGCAAUUCACUUUACCUAGGGGACGUGGGCCAGGCGACCAAGAUGAAUCUGGUGCUGCAAAUGAUUGCCGGUUUCACCGUGGCCGGUAUCGCGGAAGCAAUGGCUUUAGCCGAUCGGGCGGGUCUACAACAGAAAAAUGUUCUGGAACUAUUAGAACUAACCAAUAUGUCAUCAGAUAUGCUUCUUCAAAAGGGAAAUGCAAUCAUCAAGGGUGACUUCCCGACGCACCAGGCCCUGAAGCAUAUGCAGAAAGACCUCAAGCUGGCGCUGGCAAUGUCCGAAGGUCUCGAGCAGUCCCUCCCCCUGACGGCAACGGCGAACGAGGUGUUCAAGCACGCCAAACGUCUCGGCUACAGCUCCCACGAUGCCAGUGCAGUUUACGUGCGGGCGAGGUUUUAACAGCGACCACCGGACGACGACCUCCAAUCGGCCACAACAAUCCCGGACUACAAAAACACCAUCAGCAGUAGCAGCAAGAGCAAGACCGAAUAAGUUCGCCGGCCGAGAUGAUGGUGGCCGCCAACGUUCGUCUGUUGUGUGACGAGAGAUGAAGGCAUAUUUUAGUAGCUUUUUUUGUUUUCGUUCAAAUAGUUCUUUAUUUUUUGGGAGUUAGAUUUUACCGAUUGACUAGCGGUAUUGACGAACUCGAUUUGCUGCUAUUUCAACGAUGAUAAAAUGGAAGAAAAGAUAUAUGCUGGACUGAAAUUUUAACAUGUUCUAUCAAAUAUCUUACGAAAACAUACAUUUCGAAUAAAAAACAGUAUGAGUUUUCAUGGAAACUCAGGAGAAUAUUUUGUCAACCAAAUUGUAUGUUUUGUGGUCAUCGAUCUUGAUCGAUUCGCUUGAUUCGAAUAAAUUUUUGAGGUAUUUCAAAAUUUAAUCGGUGUAUUGCUUCCAGUGAACUCGACUGAGUUUCUCGAUAUAAUCUUAAAAACCUUCAAUAUUUUCUUUUCCUUAUUGUUGAUUUUCGAAGGAUUUAUGGAAGGGUUCAUCUGGAAUCAACAUGUUUGUUGAUUAAAUAAUUUUCUUCUGAAAAAAAAACAUGAAAACCAUACAGUUUCUGUGUGGCUUGAUUCGCCCUCAGUCAGCAAAUAAAACGUAAAUCAUUUUGCCAUCAGACCAAAAAGAAAAACCAGUCAUACAUUUUGAAGCAUCUACCUUUCGUUAGCAAAUGUCAGACUGUCCUACCACAAACAACAAUUUAACAUCUGUAAGUACUUUUCAAACAAUUUUUCUCACAUAGCUUCUCGCAGCCACAUAAUCGAUACGUUGAUCCGCACUUUACAUCAAACAUAUUUUUAUUCUUCAUAAUAUUGAAACAAAAAAAAAACUUAAAAAGCAAGCAACUUUUUUUUUCUAUAAUUUAAGCGAAUAAGUUAGGCUAAUUAGAUCUUUACGGCAAGGUAGCAUCGAUUAUCUGAACCCAGCCAAUGUGCAACCCCCGGAUGAUGAUGGUUUAGUCCCUAAGGCAAAGCAAAGAGUGUAAAACUAUAUAUGAAAAAUUGGAAACAGUAAAAAACAAAAGCAAACGUGUCUAAAUAUUGGGGACAGAUUAGUCUUUGUCUGUUUCCGUUCCCAAAUUAUUUCAUUGUCGAAUGUUUUGCGUUCCCUGAUCUAGAUUUAAAUUUUCCAAACAUAGGAAAAUGUUGAUUCUAUCUGCAUCGAUGGUCGGAAUAUUUUUUUAAUUUUUUCAUUUCUGUUGAGGCGUAUUAUAGAAAUCGAUCGGGAAAUACAAAUCUAGCGGAAGUCAAACAAACAUGUGGAGUUACAUCAAAAAGUGGAUUUCUAUAUAUAGGUAUAUUUUUUUCGCGAAACACAGUGAUCAUAAUAAAACAAAAGCGUUUAAACCAAA